AUGAAUGUACGUGAACUACUUAUACGCGGUGUUUAUGAUUAUGAUGUUGAACGACCGGCUGCUGUUCAACAAAGUGCAAUCAAAACAUGUAUUUCCGAUCAUGAUGCUCAUAUCCCAGUACGGUCGGGUACAAAGAAAAUGAAAGCGGUUGCUAUUCCGAUAUUACAACAACUCGACGUUAAAGUUGCGGAUUAUCAAGUUUUAAUUUUAACACCCACUCAAGAGUCGGUUCAGGAAAUUCAAAAAAUAGUUUUAGCCCUCGGUCAUUAUGUAGAUGUCACAUGUUAUGCUUGUAUCGAUGGCAUUAAUACUCGUAACGAUGUGAAACGUCUUGAAGCAGGUGCCCAAAUUGUUGUCGGUACACCAGAAUGUGUUUACGAUAUGCUGGAAAGAUCAGUUCUUCGUAGGUGCUCGACGGUAUUGCCCCUAUUGAGAUAUCUUUAUUUCUAUCUUAGAAAGCAAAAAUAUCAAAUUACUCAUACUAAACGAAGCUGAUGAAAUGUUAUCACAUGAUUUCAAAAAACAAAUCUGUAAUAUGUUUAAAAUCAUCCCACAAAACAUACAGGUUAUUCAUCUGUCAGCUACUAUGCCAAGCGACGUACUCGAAGUGGCGACUAAAUUCACGAAGAAUUCGAUUAAGAUUGUUGUUAAAAAUAAGUUAACCCUCGAAGAGAUUCGUCAAUUUUAUGUUUUUGUCGAACGUGAGGUAAAACAAAUGGACAAAAUCUUACGAAACAGGGAUUAGAUAUUUAUUUGAAUGCCUUCUAGGAACAGAAAAUAGAUACACUUUGUGAAUUUUACAAAACUUUUCGAAUCGAACGAGCUGUGAUUUUUUGCAACACACUUCGAAAAGUUAAAUGGUUAACAAAAGAGUUGAGCUCACGAGAUUUUACUGUAUCCACUGUGGUAAGUGUAAUGUUGACAUUUUGUUGUCAUUUUCGUUAAAGGACUUGUGAUCAAUGUUACCAACCAUUCAAAUUUUCUUGGCUUCAUACAUGUAAUCAUCUGGACUAGACAGAAUGUUACAUAAAUCAAUCGUAAACGCAUUGUUCUUUUCUGUUUAGUGGUCUUCACAUUAAAAAAAAUUAGAACAAAUAAGUAGUGAUACAAACUCUAUUGUCUCUUUUUUCUUCAUUCUAGCAUGGUAAUAUGGGUAAGACGGAAAUUCGCCAAUAAGAAUUUCGACAACGGAAUUUCGACAAUAUUGCCGAAUUUCGAAAACUGCCUAGGUCUUCCCCAAAGUACGACAAUAAAAAAUCUCAUUCGGAAUAUUAUUGUCCAUGGCUAAAACAAUAAAAUACCUCAUGAAAUUUUUUAUUGUAGUACUUUGGAAACAGUCUAGACAGUUUUCGAAAUUCGGCAGUAUUGCCCAAAUUCCGUUGUCGAAAUUCUUAUUGGCGAAUUUCCAGUAAACCGGU